UAGCGAUCGGCGCCCAAGCGCGCGGUUUCUUACUCUUCACCUCAGACAGGGCAAACUAGCUUUUGGGAGCGAAGAGAGUACGCAGGUAUCCCACAAUGGCGGGUGAGUUAGGUCAGCCGCAGGCCGGCCCGUCACAUGCUGGGCUCGAUUGGCCGAACCCUGAGAGAAAUCGGGCUGGGGUCCCGGGAGGUGUGAUCCGUAAGGUCGGUUCCUCAGGGCACAGGUCCUGGAUUCAAAAGACUCUUGAGCAAAUAACGGACUCACCUCGUCAGUGGGUCACCCCCUCGGAGGUGGUGCCUGUCGCUGUUUUGGCCGUCCAGAGGUACCUGUUAGAGGACGAGCCACGCGACGUGGAACCUAAACCUCCGCUUUACUGCUAUGAUGUGACAAUUUCGGACGGGGUGUACCAGGAGAAGUGCUACCUAGACCCCAGACUGAAUUUUCUCGUAUAUAAAAAUAUUCUCAAAGUUGGCAUAGAAAUGAGAAUUUCCAGAGUCUCGUGUAUUUACAACGAGAGAAGAUUAGGCCAGGGGAUCCUGUGCAUAGAUGACGUCCACUGUGGAGAGUCCCUAGACGCUAUUUCUUUAGAAACUCCCUUCAGAAAUAGUGCGCACCGGGAGAUACCGGAGAGGCCUUUAAUGGGCGGGAAGAGUCAUUACCUGGCCCUCUGGAAUAACGAAGAUCCGUACGGAGAUAUCUGGCUAAACAACAAGUACCCUGAGGAGCACAACUUCGACAAUACCAGAAUAAUUUCCCUUUCUCAUCUUGAAAUGAUCUGGUCUAACAGAAGGACUUUUCCUGCACUGCUUGUGAGAAUCUUGCAUAAAUCAAAACUGCGAUACUAUGGAAAACCCGAUAAAAAGAUGAUUGAGCCUUACCAGACCUUUUUGGAAGUUGCUGACAGUUCAGGCACGGUGUCAGUGAUUAUGUGGAAUGCCCUGUGUCCUGAAUGGUAUAAAAGUUUGAGUGUUGGUUUAGUUCUUCUGCUUCAAGAUUAUUCUGUUAAAAAGAGUUAUCCAUUCAGGAUUCAGCCUCUCCCUGUGGAUCCACAGAUCAGACUAAUUUCUACAAUGGAAAUCUGCCUGAACCUUCGAGAUCCUCCAACUAAUAUAAUGAUCAUUCCAGAAAAGCAGGUGAAACCAGAAUGGAGAUUGCCAAAAUUAAAUUACCGCUUUAUCACAAGAUCAGAGCUGGAUGAUAUGCCAGAAAAUCAUAUCUGUGAUGUUGUUGGCGUUUUAGUUUUUGUAGGAAGAGUCCAGCGGUCAAAAAAGAAGGAAAGCCGUGAAGAUUUUUGGUCAUAUCGCUGGAUUCACAUCGCUGAUGGGACUUCAGAACAACCAUUUAUAGUGGAACUGUUUUCUACGUCUCAACCAGAAAUCUUUGAAAAUAUUUACCCAAUGACAUACUUUGUGUGUACACAGUUGAAAGUUGUCCGAAAUGACGCUCAAGUACCUAAACUGCUUUACCUCACCACUACAAAUGAGAGCCGAGUGUUUAUUACUGGUCAUAGAGGCCAGCCAUAUAUCAACGAUCCCAAGGUAAAAAACUUCAAUCAGUGGGUUAAAGCAAAGACUGAUUCUGGAGAACUGAAGAAUACUGUUAUUGGUGGAUAUUACCCCUAUCCACCAGUGCCAGAGACAUUUUCGAAGUACAGUAGUUCCAUUAAAGUUGAGUCCCUCUUGACAGCUAUAAGUGAAGUGAGGAAGGAGGUUGAAGGCCUGCAGUAUAGGGAACAAAAGCGCAUUGCAAUUCAGGGGAUAAUUACUGGUAUAAAGUAUGUCCCCCGUAAGAGUGCAACUGAAAAUGCCCCAGCAUCUGAAACACUACGGAGUGCUAACCAACCCUCAACAUCCCAAGCAAAUAAAAGAGAUGAUCAAAGUCAGGAAAGAGAUGGUAGACAGAAUCAAGAGGAUAGUCCUGUGAGUUCUCAAAGUUUUCAAACUGCAAUUUGUAGCCCUAGCAAGAAGAAAAGAAUUCUGCAAGGGUCAUGUGCCAAACUAAUUCCUGUACCUCAGUCAGAACCUCCUGCACAAACAAAAGGAAAUAAACCAUCCACGUCAGGCACCUCCCCACGUCGAGAAGGUGCAAGCAGUAGUUACCGAGGGAAAGCCAGAAAAACUAUAAGCCAUAAAUGGGAAAGUCAGAUGUGGAGAGAGAAAAAGUUUGGCUUAAUAGAUCACCUACAUUACAGCCGUAUUUAUCCUGAAAGUAUUCCACGGAAAUUUGUCUCAGAACACCGAAAUUUUCUUGCUCGGCAGUAUAAUUCUCAGCCUGCAAAAUAUGUACCACCAGAAGGAAGGCCCCAGAAACUUGAUGAUUUUAAGAGUGCCCGAAGCCUUGGACAUUUUGAGGUAACCAUCCUAGGUCUGAACCAUGAGAUAGCCAUCGAUGUUGCAUUCCUCCCCAUGUAUUCUCCAGAAGAUUUCCGAGCAUCUCAAAUAGCCACAUUAUUAAGCUGCAUGAAUUAUAGCUGUGUGUAUUCACAGCAAGUAACUGGCAGUGACAGAUUGCCAGGUCCAAGAGCACUUGCAGGUGAUGUUAUAAAAGCAGCAAGUAAAAUGGAUAGAGCGCAUAUCAUCGCUAUCUUGGAUAUCUGUAGCUUGGGCAACAAUAAAGCAGAAGUCUAUCUGCAUAAAAUUUAUAGACCAGAUAAUACAUCUUAAAAAUUGCCAAAUGAAAUUAUUAAAGAUUAUAAAGAGGGCACAGCUUUAAAGAUAUUCUGUCAUUUUGUUGGUUAUUUCAGUAACUGGUUUUUAGCAAGAAUAUUACAUGAACUCUUAAGUUGCUUUAUGUUCGUCUUGUAUUUGGAGCUAACACACUUCAUUCUAAAUUCAUUUUGAAAAGGUCAUCAAAGCCACUUUUAUGCAUCAAGAAAAUUUACCUUACUUCUUUCUAUAUGACUGUUAUCUUGAAUUAUAGUAAUUUGUGUUCACCAUUCUAUUUGUAAAGCAUACUUUUAUUCUAAAGCCUCAGCAUAAGGCAUCCUGAGUUAACAAGAGGCACUUUCCAUGGACAUUUAACAUCCUCUGACGUCUAUUCAGUUAUAAUGGGAACGUUUGAAUUGCUAAUUUGAAGAUUAAAUUCACCUAAAGUGGUCAACCUGCAUUUCUCACAACAAAACAGUUUCUAUCAUUUUCACAAGCACACAUAGAUUGUUAUGGUCCAGUUGCUUUGGUCUUCAGUUUGGUCAUCUGCACAGUGAGCAUGCUAAACUAAAUUGUCUUAAGGUUUUCCACCCCCUAGUGUAACUUCAUAUCCUUUGAAUUUCUAAAUGUUUUGACCAGUGUGUGAUCUUUAAGCCAGAGACUACAGUAUGUCUGUAUUCUUGUUGUGUUCAUUUGUAAUUUUGUUACGUGUAAUGUGAGUUUAAAUAGUAAAAAUUUAUUUCAAUUUAACAUUUUAAGUGCUCGAGUUGAAAGUAUGAAAGAGUACUAAGGGAACUGAUUUAUUCUGGUUGUCUAUUUUACUUCAUUGUUAACUUUAAUUGGCCAUCCCACAUUUGCAAGGCUCUGUGGUUACAUCUAUGUGGUUAGUUACAUAAGCCAAAAUGACCAUGAAUUAAAAAGUAUUCAGUAUCAAGAUGAAUCUCAUUGCAGUUAAGCUAUUAACUUGUAGGGCUUCCUUCUAGGCCUGUGAUUCUGUGAUUUCCCAUGCUAUACAUUUUAAAUGUGUUGGGUAUCUCACGAACCUCAAGACAGAUGCUGGAAUUUGUUCACAAAUGUGUUCAGUCUUUUGUUCUUUAAAAUGAGUUUAAAUGUUAAUUAAAAUAGUGAAUCCUUCUUGUGUUAAA